AUGCUUCCAACAGCCGAAAAGUGGGGGCUGGCUCUUAUGUUUGCUCUAGGUCUCCUGACGAUAUGUUGCACGGUCGCUCGGACAGCUAUCGUCCUUUCUGCCAAAUCAUUCACAUACCACGACCUUCUUACUUGGGACUCUGGGGAAAUAACUUGCGGGUUGAUAGUCGUUUGCGCCCCCAGCAUUAAAUGGCUAAUACUCUGGGCAACUGGUCAUAAAAGAAGACGAGCAAUCCGGGCCUUUCACGGACAGCCCGAAGAAAGUUCUUCUGAUAUGACGAGUAGAGCAGGCACAAAUCGAGUAAGCAGAGCCGCAAGGAGAGAUCCAGACUCCGAAGAUGACGAUAUCGGGGCGAUGCAGACUUUGGAACCAAUUGCCGUAGUGGUCAAACAUGAGGUCAGUGUUGAGAUAGAGUCGCUAAGACAAAGUAGAGAGGAAGCUCCAAGUACGAGCUCGAGCUCUAAGGAUGUUUCUGGAAUAGGCGCCUGGCCAGAUAAACCGCCAAAGAGCUUCUUGCAUUUAUAG